GUCAGCUCUGAGCUUGCUGCUGUGGCAAAAGAUACCGAUUUGAUAAUUUUGGAAGGGAUGGGUAUAGCUCUUCAUACCAACCUCAAUGCUCAGUUUCAUUGUGAUGCUUUGAAAGUAAGGUUACUUGUGACAGGUACAGCAGUGACACCCCCAACUCCAGUUGGUGGUGACUUCGCAGUUGGGCUCGAACAACUUUCUUCAAUGUUUAAGGAUCAGAAUGUUGAGCUUUUGUUAAUGGUUUCUGAAAGCUUCAUUAAUAUUUUGAGGGUUCAUGGUGGAAGGGUCCACGCUGCUAUAAAGGGUUCUUUAAAUAUCUGUAACAAAAUUCACGAAGGAGAAGUUUAUUUCAUAAAAAAAUUUGGAGUUGGUUUGAAUAGUGGGAGUUUCAGGCCAACUAAGCAUGAUUAUCUUUUGUCCUUCAACUUGAGGACUGAUGUAAAAUCCACUAUUGAUUCUGUUAUUCCCACCAAUGGAUUUGAUUUUGUAGAUUUUGACGUUAUAGAGAAAGAGUCUUCUGAUUCCCCUUAUUUAGUAGAUGUCAUCGGUUUAGUUUCUGGAAUAGGGGAAGUUCGUGAGCAUAUUAUCUCCGGUAGGAAGACAAAAAUGGUUGUCGUGGAGCUUGAUAACCUCAGGGGUCACAAGCUCGAGUGCACUCUCUGGGAGGACUACGUGGACCAGGUGCAACAAAUUUUGGGGAGUAAUCAGUCUCCUCCAAACGUGAUGAUAGUUCAUCUUGCUAGAAUAAAGGGUUUCAGGGAUGUCAUUGAUAGCGGUUACACGUUGUCUCAGUUAUCAAGUCAGUCCUCGUAUUCUUUUGAGAAUGAUUUCCUGAAAGAGACGGAAAGGAAGUGUAUCAGUGAUGUUAAGAAUUGCAGUGAGUUGAGAGUUAUGGAUCACACUGAUUCUGCAUCUUUCAUUCUGUUUGAUAAAGACUGUGUUGCUUUGUUGGGCAUGAGUGUUGCGGAUUUACGUGAGCAGCAUUUCAAAAGGGGUGAUGAUUUUGAGCACUAUCGUAAGGAACUUAAUGUUCUUAUUGAUAAAUCCAUGUUGUUUAAA